AUGCUGCGUUCGAGAGGCACUCGCCUCUGGAUCUGCAAUAGAUGUGUUCGGCACACGACAAAAUCUCCCCAGCGGAGAUGGCAGUCUAUCGCUUCCGCAGUAGCUCGAGCUGUCUCACCAAGCACUCCAGUCAACCAUGCCACGAGCUCGAAUCACGAUGAUGCCGUCCUGCGCAGUUUAUUCGACGCCCCCGCCGGAAGGUCUUUCCCCAAAUUCAGUUUAAAGAAGAGCCAGGGUUUAUUCAAGAAUCGAUACCUUACAAACCCGCAUGGCUUCCACCAAUUCGCGCAGAAGAACCUCGAGCGAGCAACCAAGAUUGUCAAGAAGGUCCUUAAUGCCUCCUCAAUAGAAGAGUACCGGACGGUCGUUCGCGAUCUCGAUCGACUCAGCGAUUUAUUAUGCCGAGUACUCGACCUUUCAGACUUCGUCCGCAUGACGCACCCGGAUGCUCGAUUUCAAGAAGCCGCCGGCGAUGCUUGGGGAAUGGUCUAUCAGUAUAUGAACCAACUUAAUACCAUGACUGGUUUAAGCGAUCAAUUGAGCCAGGCUUUAUCGAUGCCCGAGGUUACAAAAGUGUGGUCAGAGGAAGAGAGGACAGUUGCCGAACAGCUGAAACUGGACUUUACGAAAUCGGCAGUCAACCUACCGAAAGCCUCACGAGACAGAUUUGUAGAUCUAUCUUCGCGCAUUAGUGAAAUAGGUUCGGCUUUUGCACAAGGGAUGCAACCUGCGAUAAAGUCUCUAACUUUGCCGGCUUAUAAGUUUUAUGGCCUUUAUCCUGGGAUCGCGGCGACUCUCAAGGUGCGACAAAACAUCACACUUCCUACUCUCAGUUCAGAUGCGAUUGGAGCGCUUCAGAGCGUGCACGAUGAAGAUACUCGUAAAGAGAUAUAUCUGGCCCAACGAACAGCCUCUAAGGAGACCAUAAUGUACCUUGAGGCCAUGUUAAAGCUUAGAGGCGAGCUUGCAGAGCUUGCCGGUUUUGAAAGCUAUGGCCACAUGGCUCUCAAGGACCGCAUGAUGGCUAAGACGCCCACAUCUGUGAUGGAGUUCUUACUUGCUCUGAGAGACAAUAACACUCCGAUAAUCCAAGCCGAACUACAAGAGCUGGUCGCAAAGAAGCGAGACCGACUCAAUCUCCCAGAUGUUCAGCUUCAAGCCUGGGACAAGGACUUCUAUAUGGAAAAGAUUCGAGUCGAUUUAAGAUCUCGGCAGCGGCGAGAAGACCAACUCAACGCAUUCUUCUCUGUCGGAACAGUGAUACAGGGCCUCUCACGGCUGUUUGAUCGCCUCUACGGUAUCCGUCUUGUUCCAAGAGAAACUCUGCCUGGAGAAACAUGGCACCCUGAAGUUAAACGACUUGAUGUCAUUACCGAUAAAGGCGACUUAAUCGCCGUUCUUUACUGCGAUCUAUUUCACCGCCCCCAAAAGUCUGGCAAUCCUGCUCACUUCACAGUGAGAUGCUCUCGAGAGAUCUUACCUGAUGAAGUCGCAGAGAUUGCUGCGGACUAUGACAGCAACGGGCCGAGCUUUGAGUCACCAGAGCUAGCAGCCAAUGACGGUAUGGAGGUUUCGAAAGAGGACGGCGUGCUUAAGCAGCUACCUACAAUCGCGCUUGUGUGUGAUUUCCUCCCAAGCGAGAACUCCAGAGAACCAUCAUUGCUCUCUUACCAGUCCGUUGAGACUCUUUUCCAUGAAAUGGGACAUGCCAUUCACUCUAUCCUUGCACGGACCAGCUUUCAGAAUGUCUCUGGCACUCGUUGCGCCACUGAUUUCGCCGAGCUGCCUUCAACGCUCAUGGAGCACUUCGCUGCCGACCCUACCGUUCUAUCUCUGUUUGCGCGCCACUGGAAAUCAGAUAGAGCUUUACCAUACGAGCUUGUCGCUGAAAGAAUUGGCUUGACUAAGCGUUUCGAGGGUAUGGAAACAGAGAACCAAAUCAUACUUGCAAUGGUAGACCAGGCAUACCACUCCUCGACUAUCGAAGAUGCGGGCUUCGACUCAACCUCUAUCUUUCAUGAUAUCAAAUCUCGCUUUGCUCAUGGUCCCCGGGACCCGCCAAGUACCUGCUGGCAGGGCUUUUUUGGCCACUUGCAUAGUUACGGCAGUACCUACUAUAGCUACCUAUUCGACCGUGUUCUCGCUGAGCGUGUUUGGCGUGUUGUAUUCAAAGCGGGCGAGAACGGUGGCGCCCUCAACCGUGAGAACGGAGAGCGGCUGAAAGAGAAUCUCUUGAAAUGGGGAGGUGGCAGAGAUCCUUGGACCUGCUUGUCUGAUACCCUCGGAGAUGAGAGACUUGCGCCUGGUGAUGAGAAGUCUAUGGCAUUGGUGGGAAGCUGGGGAAUAAAGGAUGAUCAUCAUCCGUCAAGUGUAUACGCUGGUAUAUAA